GUAAUCAAGUCGGUCAUGCUGCUGCAGUGUCGGUACGUGAAGCCGGAAAAGACUGGUUAAAUCAUUGCAAAAUGGGAGGCGCUUUGAGGAGAAUUGCUACAAAUUUCAAUGUGGAAAGCAGGGCACAUCGUUUACUUGAUCAGCAGAAGCCAAGACCUGCUCCAAAACAUCCCAAGACAGCUGAGAAAAUAGCUCAAUAUCAGCGAGAGAAUCCCCAGAUAUUGGAGCAGCAACAGAGGAAGGAUGAGAGUCUCCUUGGAAUGCUGAAAGACGUCAAGGUUGUGUCGGAAGAGGUCGAAGGGAAGCGUUUGAUGAAUGAAGCUGAUGCCGCCGAAUCCCAAAAGAAAGCUCGCCCUCUUCCGCAGAAUCGAAAGGCCAAUCCAGGGUCGCCGGCGGUGUUCUUGGAAGCUGAUGAAGUCCCAGAAGGGAGGCUAUCGGUGGGACAAGCCAUGGAACUACUAGCUAAACACAAGAGGAAUAAAAAUGAGUUCAAUGCAGAGAGGUUAGCCCAGGACUAUAAGAUGGACCUGGACGACACCAAGAAGAUCCUGGAAUACUUCCAGUCCUUUAAGGUGAUCCCGGUCAUCGACGGCAAGGACAUCCCCCGAAUCAAAGGCAGCUGAUGUUCUUCAAAUCACCAUAGUAACCAAGCAACUGACAUGUUAGGACUUGAAGAGUUGUGGAGAAUACUGUCUCUGAUGUCAUCACUGCCAGCAAAAGAGUGAGAGAUGAUUGGACACCCCUCUUUGAAUCUCAUCAGCAGACUGAUGGCCAAUCUGUGAAAAGCUGGUGGAAGUGCGGGAUGGUGCCAUUACAUACACGAAAAGUUUAAAAUAUGAUCAUUAGGAAAGUUGAAAAUAAUCCAUUAAUUUGCGUACUCUCAAGGAUAUUUUCCACAAAAUAUGACCCCCCUUUUAUGCAAAACUGGUACAAAAUGGGAUCUGCAUAAUACCACAAGUUUGGCUUGUUGAGUUAACGUGAGCGAAAAGCACCCUAUUCUUGCAAUAACGAAAACAUCGUAAAAAUGUUACCCAUUUUCUGUGAAAUAUCUAGCUCUUUCAACAUACUCAUCCCUUUUUUCAGAUAUGUAGACAUAAAAAAGUUUGCAAACAUCCCCCAAAUUGCCUUUUUUGCCCAAAUAAUUUGUUACCAUCAUACAUACAUGUACUCAAAGUCAAUAUGAAGAGUUACUGCUGGGUGGAAGUGAUAGGAAAAUACACCACAAUUAGUCAGUUAAUCAGUGUAAUGCAAAAUAUACUGAUUUAUCUCUUUUCCAUUGAUAUUGCAUAGCAUAAAUUUACAAUAAUUAUUAUUUGAGAACAAUUAUAUCAUGUGGUGAUUGAUUGGAUUUUUAGAUACCAUAACAGUUCUGUUUCAUCAUAUUCUGAACAUGAUUGUAAACAUAAUUAUGAAAAGUAUCAGAUAUGUUUGUACAUUGGAUAUGUGUCACUUUAUUUGCUGAAGCAUUAAGAUGUAGAUUCUGGUAUGAUUGCUUAUGUUAUAAAUGUCAUUUUAUGAAGAUGUGAAGAUUUAUAUUACCUCAUGAUAAUGAUGGAAUUAAAAUGAAAAAUAUGAAG